GUAGAGAAUGCUGAAUUUAUUGACAUCAGUGGUCUUUCCAGAUACAGAAACGUCACUGGGAUCGGCGUUGCUGUUGUCAUGUCUAAUAAAGUAACGUUCGAUACAGAAGAACAACCAUUGUAAAGUGUCUUUAGAAUCGUUAACUUUCCGCAGUGCGAAGCAGGUGCAUGUUUUGCGUAACUACGAUUGCUACCUGCGGUGGUACUGAACAACCGGAAGUAUUGUGGAGAGUACAGAGAUAUGCAAAAAGUUCCAGCUCAAAAGAGCCACGUGAAUCGCAGUACUUUCGUCAUUCCUCUUUGUUAGAAACCAAAGCCUAGACGGAGAGAAGGCGACAAUUAAAUGGCUUGUUGAAUGCAGUACACAUGUGCGAGCCAACGGACUGUGGUAUCCCCUAUUGCGAGCGUGAUACCAUCGUGUAUUCUGUGACUACCGAAGAAAAAAAAAUUAAGAGCCGUUAGAACGUGAAGAAGCUGUCGACUUCAAUGAAUUAGGAAGCUCGCUUGAUGUGAAGUUUGAUUCAUAAAAUUGCUUUUUAGAAUAAUUUUGAAGUAGCUGUCUCUAUACAGUUAAAAAAAACCUACAUCAAGGCAGAUUUUGACAACAGACAAUUCAAGAACCCUCAUUUAUUUUGUCUGGUACAGAAAAUAAUGCCAUUUUCUUUUUAUUCGCUUUGAGAACCCAUGUCAAAAGCCGGAAAAGAAAUGCAACGUUCAAACGAUCGGUUGAUCAAAUAUUUGGAGCCAGGCGAGACUAGCUGCGAUAGCUUUAGUACAUCCGAGGGAAGUAACACUGGUUCACUAGACAAAGAAACGCAGCAACGCCAAGAGGGGCUAUGCGACGAAUGCGAAGAUCAGCCCUUCUCAGGAUAUUGCGUGCAGUGUCAGGAUCAAUUUUGCGAGAUUUGCUUUCAGUACCUUCAUCGGAGAGGCAAGCGAAAAAAUCACGAGUUUCAGAAAUACCAAGAAAAUGCAAGUCAUUUGCCUCCCGAUCCUCAGACGAAGAUUUUAGAACCCGAUAGGGACGAUUUGGCCGACCUAGAUGGAUCGGACGUCAAUGGCUAUGCUAAAUCUAGUUUAGAAGACAGAAAGAUCGACAAGGGAGCAAAAGCUAAAAAUGCGAGCAACUUUAUAGAGAAAUCUAAGUACAUACUGCUUCGCUUGAAUUCCGAAGAAAGAGAGUCUUUGCGCCUCUUGGAAGCUACCCUUAAUGUCAGUGACUACACAUACAAAGUCGAUCUUCUUCCUAAGCGCAAUCAAAUGCAGCGAAUUUCGACACAGAUCAAGUUGAUCUGUUCGGUCCUAUCUGGACUGUUGAUAGCAAAGGAUUACGAUCGAGGUAAAGAGACGUUGAAGGACCACAAUUACGUAGACAACAGCGAAUUUUUCAGUACAAUUUUCGAAAUAGGAAGACGAUACAAGGUCAACAAUCCAGACAAAAUGCCUGAUGAUUACGUAAAACUCAUGUACAUGCUCCAGGAUAGUGUGAUUCCACACAUUCAGGAGAACCUCGGAUUUGGCCUCAUCAAGCCGCUGAAGUCUGUUUAUGAUUUUUUGAAUGAGCGCCAGAUGCUGAAAUUGCUAGAGGAUCCAAAUCUGGUUUAUAAUGCAACUAUGGACAUAUCCAGCGAGUCGCGGUCGGGUACAAACACGAGGGCGCUAUGUAAUCAAAAGGAAAGAUGUCGGGAGCAAUUGGUACGCAAAUAUGCUUCUAACAACAUAAGUGCUGAAGAAAUCAGGUUGUGCUUGUAUUCAAUUGGAGAUUAUAACUCAUUUAUGAGAAGCCAGCGAGAUCCGUGCAGGAAAAUGUUGGAAUACCUCAAGACCUAUUUUCAACCUGACGACUGGGAAGAACCCUAUGCACUUUCUAUUCGAAGUGGGAAAUCCGGAGCUCGCCUGUCCCACGAUCACCGGUCGCAAUAUUACUAUGUACUCCAAUCUAUCACUCUGUGGGAAAAUAUCCUGGACCAGAUGCCUAUGUUGUGGUACCUCGCCGAGCAAGAUUUGGUGGACCCGCAAAACCGAUACGAAUUGUCUAACACCGGACAGGGCCUCAACCGCCUGCAACAAUCUCCUAGGCUUUUUUGUGCUAUAAGGAAACUGGUCAACCGAUUGCAGAACGAAAUCGGUGGUCAUUGGAUUGGAUCAAGUGUUAUUCACCUGGGGGACCAUAACGUCCCAAAUUCUCUUUUUUUCCUUACAAAAUAUCUCUCGGCGUCUCCAAUGUUGAACCCAAUAAUACUUUGCAUAGAGGGCAUCGACCGAUUGAUAAAAAACAAGAAACUCUCGACUUAUUUGAAUGUCAAGGCAGAUUCAGAAAAAAUCAAAAAAGAUAUACUUUGUGACUUUUUCAAGCACGCAUUUGAUGGGAGCGGAAGCGACAACUUCUUCGAUGCGGGGUCGUGUAUCGAUGGUCGACUGACCAGCGCUUGGAAUUGGUGCAACGAAAUUGAAAAGAAGCCCUAUUUUUACAUCUUCUUGUUGACUGGAUUUGUUGGCUUCAAUGGGUGAAUUUUCUGAAAAAAGAAUGAUUUCGAAAUAUUUCUAGGCGUGUUUAAAAAACAUGAAACACGGUUUUUGUCGCUGGCGCAAGGCACUCUGAAACCAAUUGCGUUUACGCAUAGACUGUACAGUGGGUGACGCAGGAGUCCUUGAAAGUGCGGAAACCAUUUAAAAGUGUUAAAAAAUAUUGGUCUUGACAAAAAAUUAACAACCACAAACCAUUUUUCUCUUGUGACUUGUACGAGAGAGAGUGUUUUAAGUCCGUGGACGUUUUCUAAUGAACGAAGGUCAGAAAAUUUUAAAUACAGAUUCUGCCUCGAGUAGUCGUUUGAAGACUCUGUCUAAAGAAGGCUUUUCUCCUCCUCCUUUGUUUCCUGAGCACCAGCAGAUUCCUGCGGCGCCCCAGCUGGGCGAGAGAGAGUAUUACUUGGUUCACAAGUCGAUUCAGUUUCGGUCGGAAACCAGAGAUGGUCCGUUCUAUAUAGAAUCGAAGACGGCACAGUUAGAUCCGUUCGAGUACCUGUCUAGGAACGGCGUCAACAAUGGUCCAUCUCUCAGGGAAGUCACGAAGCCCUGCGCAGAUCUGUUUCCUGAGGAGCUGAUUACGGGCGGUGGUCAGAACGUGCGAAGACUGAGGAAAUACGCUCAGAGUGCCAGCAAGAAGUUGAGCGAGUUGAAGGAUGGCGAAGAGGAGCAGGAGGAGGAGGAAGAAGAAGAGCCAGUAAAUGCCGAGGAAGAAGAAAUCAACCCGGAAGAUGAGGGGGAUUACGCUUAUCAGGCGUUUUCGGAUGACGAGGCAGAUACGAAUGAUGACGCAGAUGAUGAGGCUAUACUUUAAUUAUUGCGGACGAUGGUCCUGCUUUAUUAAAUCGGGAAAUUUCUGCAGUUCGUUUUAUUUGUGUGGAAAUUUACAAAGCGGAAUGUUUAUAGCUUUUUUAGCAGUUAUUAUUUAGUCGGUCUGCCGGAGAAACAAGGGAUCAUGGACGUCGACAACGCUGAAGCCAAGGACAGCACUUUGAAAUGGGAGCAGGUUCAGAUAAAAACGUUCACUAAUUGGGCCAACAUGCAUUUGCAGAGACGUGGAAAACGGAUAGAUAGUGUGGUGACGGAUUUCAAAGAUGGUACUGCUUUGCUUUAUCUGUUGUCUGCGAUAUCCGAGGAGCCCGUUCCGAAACAUGUUGCUCACCCGAAAAUGAAGGUGCAAUGCAUUGAGAAUAUCAACACAGCGCUCGGAUUUAUUGAGAGACAUGGGGUUAAAUUGGCAGACGUUGGCGCGACGGAGAUUUACGACCAAAACGUGAAGAUGACGUUGGGCAUGGUUUGGUGUUUGAUUCUUCGAUUUGUGGUAUCAGGGCUAUCCGAGGAGGGGUUGUCCGCGAAGGAGGGGCUUCUUUUGUGGUGCAAGAGGAAGACCAAAAAUUACAACAACGUUCACAUAAACGAUUUUUCUGGUUCUUUUCAGGAUGGUUUGGCAUUUUGCGCUUUGGUUCACUGCCAUCGUCCGGAUUUGAUCCAAUACGACAGUCUCAGCCAUGAGAACAAGAUCGACAAUCUCAACUUGGCGUUCGACGUUUGCAAUACUCACUUGGGCAUUUCUCAUUUGCUUGAUGCCGAGGACAUUGUCUCUAUGCCGCACCCGGACGAGCGAUCCAUCAUGACGUAUGUUGCGGAGCUGUACAAGGUGUUUUCAUCGAUGGACCAGAUGGAGACGGCGGGGCGCAGAAUUUGCAAUUACGUUGAUUUUGUGAAGGAAAUUUCCGACUUUGUUCACGACUACGAGGAGCGAACUCGAGCGCUCCUCGGCUUGGUAUCCGCAAAGACGGAAGAGUUGAAGGAGGACCACGUCUUCGACGAAUACGGUGCUGUGAAGGGAGUGAUUGACGACUUGAGGAAUUACCGGAAGACCACAAGGCGUCAAUGGCUGCACGAGCAGGGAGAUUUAUCUGCGUUGUUUACUCAGAUACAGGCGAAGCUCAGCUGCGUAAAUCAGGACCCGUACGUACCUCCCGAGGGUCUGCAUCCCCGAGACGUCGAGGAGAUAAUGGAUCAACUCAACAAGACGGAACGAGCUCGUCGCUCCGCCUUGAACGCCAACUUGCGCGAAAUUCUUGACAAGCUCCGUCACACUUUUGCCGAUCGCGCCAAUUCGUUCUACGAGUCGAUUCUGGGGUAUCGAUCGAUUUUAAGCGAGUCGUCUAGCAACUUGGAGGAACAACUGGCGUCUAUAAAAUCUAACGAGGCGCAGCUCGUAGCGCUCGGAGAGCGUCUGCCUGACAUUGAGAAGGCGGAGAAAGAAUGCGACGCCGCCAAGAUUGAGGACAACGAAUAUACCGAUCACACCUACGAGGACUUGGAAUUUGAAUACGAUCAGUCUAAAAAUGCCUUCACAAAAACGAUCGCGGCUCUCGAAUCUCAAAUCGCCUCGAAGGUGCAAAAGGGUGUGACAGCAGAACAGUUAGAAGAGUACAAAAACAACUUCAACCAUUUCGACGACGACAACGACGGAAUCCUCAACCGCCUUGAGUUCAAGUCGUUACUUUCUGGCUUAGGUCUUGUAGCCAUCGAUUUUGACGGGUCCGACAAGAAGGCGGACGAGCUGUUCCUGAAGGUCUCCGAGCGCAACAACAAGGGCGUCAACUUCGACCAGUUUGUCUCCUACAUGGUUUCUAUCACGGCCGAUGCGACUUCUUCCGGCGCGCUCAAAGACUCCUUCAACACAUUGACAAAUGGGCGUUCGUACGUCACCAGGAGCGAGCUCAAGGCCGCCGGCAUGUCCGAAGAUCAGAUCAAUUACUUGGCCGGUCGCUUGCACCCGGGACCCGUGGAAGAUUCCUACGAAAUCGAGGAAUGGUUAAACCAGCCCAAGUUGUACUAGAAUGUUGUACGCGGUUUUAACUUUUUAAUAAAAGCUUUUUAUUAGUUUAUUUUU